GUUUUUCCACGUCGGCAUUUUGCAGUGUUUUGUUGUUUUUUUUGUUUUGUUUUAUAUCAAUCAAUAAAAAACAACAAAGAAAUAAAUUAUUUUAUUAUCAAUAAAAUAUAGAAUUAAAAUAUGGAUCCACAAGUUCGACAGACAAAUCCACCAAUGAUGAUGAAUUAUCCUCAACCAACUCAAUGGACCCAACAACAACAACAACAACCGAUGUCUCCCAAUCAACAAUAUUAUCAUCAACAACAAUAUCAGCAACAGCAAUUUGUCGAUAAUUCAUGUUCAGGGCCGCCACCACCACCACCACCAUCACUACCCCCUCAAUCUAAUACAAUGGUUGCUAAAUCACAAUCAGGUGAUCAUACUGGAUCGCUUACCAAUCAAAUGACAAAUCUAUCAUUGAAUAAUGGUCAACCAUUGCAACAAAAUGAUACAUUGAAAUCCAGUUUGCAGAAUGGCCAGAAUGUUUCAUCGUCAUCAUCAUUACCGUCAUAUACAAAUCAAUAUCCAACGCCAAAUAGCGGUGCUACAUAUGCAGAUUCUCAAAUGCCACCACCACCCACAAUGGCUCCAAAUUCACUCAACUAUAUUAAUCAACCAUCUAAACAACAGGAAUUUCAGCAUCAGCCACCACCACCACAAUCUGCUGUUGCUGCUGCUGUUCCAGGAAAUUGGAAUCAGAAUCCGAUCAAAACAACCAUUCAACAACAACAACAACCGGUUGUUCCUUCUUUACAGCCACCUACAUCAUCAGCUGCAACUGGCUAUCAAUCUAAUAACGCCUAUGAUGGCCAGCCACAACAACAACAGAAUGGAAGUCUACCACUUCAACCGAAUUAUCCCCAACCAUCGCAGAAUAUGUACCAACAACCAAAUUCAUAUCAGCCACCACAACAACCACCAAUGGGUGGUGGUCAUCAACAAUCAAUGGCUUCUAUGAAUCAUCAAUAUGGUUCUCCUUAUGGUAUGCCAACGAAUCGAUACGGCAGUACCCCAACCAGUCCUACUGGUUAUGGAUCGAUGAAUCCAUCACAAAGUCCAUUCAAUCAGCAGCCUCAACAAGCUCAAAAUAAACUUGAUCCGGAUGCUAUGCCUAGUGUUGUACAAGUGAUACUUGAAGAUAAAACGAAAUAUGAAACAAACAGUCCAGUACUGUUUACGACAGCAAUUCCGGCCAGUGUUCCACCAUUGGUCACAACCGUAAUGGAAAAUGGUAAUCAAAUCAUACAAGAUGGUGGCUGUGCCAGUCCAUUAUUCGUACGACCAACCAUCUAUCAGGUGCCUAUAUCGGAAGAUAUUAUAAAAACUACAGACAUUCCAUUCGGUAUGUUGAUCAAACCAUUUGAUGAACAAGAAGUCGAUAGGAAAAUCUAUGUGCCUAUCAGUCCAAGUGAAAUUGUACGCUGUAAUCGUUGUAAAGCAUAUAUGAAUCCAUAUAAUCGUUUUAUCGAUGGUGGUCGCCGUUUUCAAUGUUCACUUUGUCAUCAUGUAACCGAAGUUCCGCAAACUUAUUUCGCCAAUCUUGAUCACACUGGACAACGAUUAGAUCGACAACAACGGCCAGAAUUAUGUCUUGGAUCUUAUGAAUUUCUUGCUACAGAAGAAUAUUGCCACAAUGGUGUACAGAAUAAUCGUCGUCCACAUUUGAUUUUUGCUUGUGAAUUGACUGAAACAUCGAAACCAAUAUUGAAUAUAUUGGCUGCAAAUUUAGUCAAUAUUAUCAAAAAUUUUCCUCGUGAUUCAGGCAAUCCAGAAUCAUUGCCACCAAUGUUUGGUUUUCUAACGUACAAUUCAAAAAUACAAAUCUAUGAUAUUGUGAAUAAUGGUCAUGCUCAUGUUAUUUGUGACCUAACGACACCAUUUGCUCCACUCAACACUUUUUUGGUUGAUCCAUUGAUUCAUAUGGAUAAAAUUGAAAAAUUUUUCGAACAAUUACCACAAUUAUAUGCUAAUGAAGAGAUGGAUAUGCAAACGAUUCUUGGACCAGUGAUUGAAGCGGCCUUGAUGAGCACACAAGUUGAUGUGAACAAUUGGAUUAAUAAAAAUAUUGUCAACAAAGUGGUAAACACUGGUAAUCAACAAUCCAAUGAUUCGAUACCAGUAGGAAAAAUUUAUUUAUUCCACAGUACAUUACCAACAUAUGGUAGUGAUUCGGAUACACCUGGUCGUUUGAAACAAAAAUGGACAAAUAGUGUUGAUGAAUUACGUAAACUAUUAGGCAGUGAUAAAGAGAAAACAAUUCUUAGCCCAUUGACGAAUAAAUACUAUAUUGAACUUGGCCAAAAAUGUGUCGCCGAUUAUGCAACAGGCGUUGAAUUAUUUCUAUUUCCUCCAUUGAAUGGAUUCUUAGAUGUUGCUAUAUUGGGUGAAUUAACACGAUUAAGUGGAACUGGAUCAAUUUUUAAAUUUUACAACGAUUUUUCUGAUGCAUUUUUGAUCGAUUUGAAAUAUUCGCUUUCAUCAUCAUUCGCAUUUGAAUGUGUUUUAAAAAUUCGAACAUCAACCGGUAUUCGACCGAAUGAUUAUUAUGGUUAUUUUUAUUCACGCUCACCAAGUGAUGUUGAGUGUGCAGCUAUCAAUACUACAACAAAUAUAUCAGUGGAAUUUAAAUAUGAUGAUAAAUUGACCGAAGAUGAACAUGUUGUUAUUCAGUCCGCAAUAUUGUAUACAUCAUUAUCUGGACAACGUCGUGUUCGAAUUCAUAAUAUUGCUUUAGCAUCUUGUACACAGAUUGGUGAUCUUUAUCGUAAUGCUUGUUGUGAUUCAAUCGUAAAUAUUUUGGCUCGAAUUGCUGUAAAUCAACUACGAAAUGGAGAUAAAACAAUACAACAGACCAAAGAGGCCAUUGUCAGUCGUGUUAUAAACAUAUUGACAGCAUAUCGUAAACAUUGUGCACAACCUGGUACAUCUCUUGGUCAAUUAAUAUUACCAGAAGCAUUGAAAAUAUUACCCAUGUAUAUAUGUGGUCUAUUAAAAUGUGAUGCUAUUGAUGGUGGUCCGGAAAUAAGUCCAGAUGAUAAAGCAUAUGCACAACUCAAAUUAUUGGGUUCAUUCAUAUCAUCCAGUCAAGUGUUUUUAUAUCCAAAACUUUAUAGAAUAGAGUAUGAAAGUGAAUCCGAAACUGAUACGUUGAAAUAUUCACAAAUUCGUUGUUCCGCAUAUAAACUCACAUCAGCUGCCUUAGCAUAUGUUCUUGAAAAUGGUUUCUAUGUAAUGCUUUACAUAACAUCAAAUGGUUGCAAUAAUGUUAAAUUUUUGAACGGUCUUUUUGGUCCAAAUGUUGAUUCGGCUACAAAAAUCAAAAUGGAAUUGCCAUUACCAAAUCUUUUGACAAAUGAAUCACAAUUUAUGCAUCGAUUAUUCAAAAAAAUGGAAACCGAACGAAAAUGUUCAUACAAAAUAUUCAUCAUACGUCAAGGCAUUGAUAAAACUGAAACGGUUUUUCGUAGUUUUCUUUAUGAAGAUCAAAAAAUUGUAACUAGACAAGCCGCUGACAGUAAACUCGAAGGCCUUAGCUAUGUUGAUCUUUUAUGUCAUCUACAUAAAGAAAUUCGUGUACAAUUGAACUGAAACCAAUACACAUACACACACACACACACACUUGAAAUAAUA